AGAAUUCAAGUGACGUGGGACCAUGACUUCCCUGCAAGGCUGCAACAAACUAGUAAUAAAUUAAUAGUAACUCCAAAUAAGAGUAUUCAAGUUCAUCACUAAAUAAAUACGCCUAUCUAUACACAGAAACAGAAAUAUAUAUAGAGAGAGGGAAUAAGAAAAAACAAAAGCAAUUUUGGAUCUACUUCAUCGUGCUCAACGGCCCCUCGCCCCCUCUCUCAAACUUCUCCCUCCGCCCCCGCCAUCGCCAUGAGAAUACGCAAGCACGCCAAGAUUUCUCCGCUGCUCUAUGCGACGUCGUCCCUCAAGGCCGGAGCCCUCCUCCAAACUCAUGUCUGUCUGCUCAAUCAAUCACCGUGGGACGUCAUCACCUUCUCGCCGCCGCCGUCUCCUCUUCCUCCGCCAUUUCAGGUGAAUGGUAUCGAUGUUCGUGCUGGAAAUGGGAGCUCCGAGCACUGCGUUUCCGUUUCUGAGAGGGAGCCUAGUCGUGGGCGGCUGGCCGAGCACCACUUAUCCAUGGUUAAAACUUACAGCAACGUCGGCGCCAGGAAACCAUUGAAGGCCAAGAAGGCUCCGGCAACCUCCAAUCCCUAUGAAUUUUACUACUAUUCGGGGUUCGGGCCACGGUGGGGCAAGCGAAGAGGCAAUAAGAAUAGCAGCAUAAUCAAAAAUGUUGAAAUGCAGGCGGCGGCGAUCGAUUUCACAGAGUAUGAGGAUGAUGAGGAGGAGGCGAGGGAUAAUGUUAAUGGGAAGAAAAGGGUGAGAAAACCGAUCAAGGCUAGGUCGCUGAAAUCGCUCUUGUGAUGUGUAAAAGUGUAUGGUAUGGGUAUUUAAGUAGAUUUGGUUUGAUGGUUUCCUUUUCAUGUUCUACUUUGGGUGAGGUUAAGGUCCUCCCGACAUUUUAUUAUUGCUUUGCUUUCGACAAGGCUACAAUGGUCUUUCUAACUCUC